CACGGAGCUGUCGAGCGUUGAUGACGUCAAAGUGUGCGACUACAGCCAUGUCUGAAGUUGUCUUCAGGUUGUAUUCACCUUUAUCUCCAGUCUAUGGUAUUGGCCCAUGAAGAGAUUGUAGAAAGACCGAGCUCACUGUGUCCAUGUAACGGAAGUGUGAGUCAGUUUUAAUUGGUUCUAACUGUCUAUAGCUUUAGUCCUCAUGUGACCUGUGGUGAAGCUGAUCAGUCUCAUUUCCAGGUCAAAGAUUCGAGUCAUAAUUCCAGCACGAUAGUUUAGUGGUGAAUUACUUUGAGAAAUAUUUGUUUCUAAGAUAAGUAGGCGAGAUUUAUAUGAACGAUUAAAGUUUGAAUAAGUCCAGAGUCGAAAUUCAGAAUAUGGGCUCUAACUUUAUAUCCAAAGUCAGAAUAUUAUUGAACCCCCUGAAGCCUUUCCUCACCGUAAAGCCAGCACAGCUGCAUCCCUCUGCAGGCUUCCUGUGCACCACACACACUAACUCCAACUCAGGUGGCAGAGGGAACAGCGGACAGACUGAUGGACAUGGUGGAGUAAAGUAUAGGACCGUCAGACACAGACAAGGGGGAUUGUGGGAAGACUCAGUGGAUGGAGGAGGUAACAGAUCCACUGUGAGGCAGAAGCCGUCCUUCCCCAAAUCUGUAUUUUCCGCUGGGACGUCGAAGAGGACGACAGAGAUGCUGAAGAGGAAGGCAGCGCUGGCCUCGCAGGAGCCUGAGGAGGAGCCUGAAGGGAGGGAACCUCGAGGAGCAGGAAAGUUGCAACCUCCUGACCGGCCACUUUCUACUGCUGAGUGGAAGAAGCUACAGGAUUCUCUGGGAAGUUCGUCACGCUUUGACAUUAGGAUGAUUCGUGUGCUGUUCAACUCCGGGGCAGACCUGGGUAUCGCCAAGUCUCUGCUAACUUUUGUAGCCAUGGAAACAGGGACGCUGUCCUAUGAGCUCCUACUACAGUACCUCUCAAUGUGUGUGAAAGGAGGCCAUGAUGACGAGGUGUUUGAUGUCUAUGACAUCAUGCGGGGAAGUUUCCCUUCUCUGGAAACAGGAGCCACCAGCCUCUUUAUCAAGUCUUUCAGCCGCACAGCGAGGUGGAGGGAGGCUCUCAGCAUCCUGCAGGAGGUCAAGAAGGUGUUUACCCCAUCACCACGUAACUACAGUGAUGUCAUCACAGCAGCAAUCUUGCACGGUGACAUGACCACUGCCUGGGCUCUUUACGACGAGCUGAUUGAAAAGGGACUGAGCCCUUACCAGGAGACCUGGGGUGCUCUGUUUAAGGGGGUGGGGAACAAUAAUGAAGUCAAAGCAGAUGCGAUGACUCAGUCUGAACACCAGGAGAGGCUGCUGGGAGUUCUUCUGUACAUGAGGAACAACCAGAUCUACCCCCAGAGCAGCCUCGCCAGCAGCAUCAAGACCUGGUUUGAGAGUCUCACAGGACAGAAAUGGACAGGAAGUUGGACCAGCGCCAACCCAAAGGGUCAGUGUAGGUGCUGUGGGUCAGAGUUGGAGUCCAUCCAGCUGAGCACUGAGGAGUACCAUCAGCUGAAAGACAGCGUGAUGACUGACAUCAUUCAGGGACAAGAUGUUUUUAACAAGACUACACCAGAGGAGCUCGAGAGUUUCAAAGUGUUUGUGAAGAGGAAGCCAGCUUUUGAUGUGGUCGUAGAUGGGCUGAACGUAGCAAAUGUCAACAAGGACAAAAGCAAACAGUCAGAGACGUUGUUGGCGGUGGUCUCAGAGCUGGAGCGCCAGGGCCUGACCAUCCUUGUGCUGGGGAGGAAACACAUGCUGCAGCCCUCCAGAUCCUGGGAUAAACGCAACAUGAGUCUCAUCCAGCAAAAAGCACAUUGCUUCUUCACUGACAACAUUUCGGAGGACGACCCCUUCUUGCUGUAUGCUGCUUUGCAUUCUGGGAAUCACUGUCGGUUUGUGAGCAGGGACCUGAUGAGGGACCACAAGGCUUGCCUGGCCGACGGAGCCACCAGGCGGCUCUUCUUCAAGUGGCAGAGAGGUCACCAGAUGGUGGUGGAUGGAUACCUUCCAGCAGGCAAGAGGGUCCGGUUUCAGAGUAUCCCCAGCUACGACACCAUCGUGCAGACUUUUGGAGACUCGUGGCACAUUCCCUAUGACAACACAGAGGACAGGACCACCUAUGAAGUACCACAACGAUGGCUUUGCGUCACACAAAAAAGCUGAUCACACACACUGAUUUUACUGCACAACAUUGUGGUGGUAAAUGCUCUGAAUAUGAUGGUGGACCUGUGAAUAAAACUUUUACCACAAAUGAAAUAUUUGUGCAUUUUUG